GUCCUUUCCCCUGCUCACAGUGUGGGAAGAGAUUUUCCAAGUCCACUGAUCUGACCAGGCAUAAUCGCAUGCAUACAGGGGAGAGGCCACAUAUGUGCUCUCAGUGCGGUAAAAGUUUUUUAACUUACUCCGAGGUGGUGAAACAUCAGCGCUACCACACUGGAGAACGACCAUUCAAAUGUGAGCAGUGUGGGAAAAGUUUUACCCAGUCCUGCUAUCUUACAGUACAUAAGCGUAUACACACAGGAGAGAAGCCCUACUCCUGCAGCUUGUGUGGAAAUCGCUAUAACAGCACCACUCCACUGAAGAGACACAUGCUCAGCCACACGGGAGAGAAGCCAUACGUGUGUACUGAAUGUGGGAAGGCUUACAACAGACUGCAUCUUCUGCGUACACACGAGCGAACUCAUGCAGCAGUUGAGGCUGUUUGUUGACGAUAUUGCUGUGUCAUUGCUAUUCAUAUGUUGUUUUUUGGAAUGUAAAGUAAGACAGGCCAUUUGUAUUAGAGGCCUGUAACAACAAGAGUUGAGCCUCAUACUGUGAAUUGUUAAUUCUGUCACAGCUUGGAACUUGAUUGUAUAUUUGAGAUGUGCUUUUUGCUGCCAGGAAUCAAACAUAAAAGGGCAUAUUAUUUUAUUUAGAUGACCUACUUUGUUUUGACAUUAAAAAGAGAGAAGUAUUGCACACCUUCCUUUGUAGAAUGAAGAGGACAGUUGCUACCGGUACACAGGCUGGUUGUUGAGAGGCGAGUGCAGGCCUCUACUCUUAUGUUCAAAAAUUAGGGAAAAUAUGUAGGCUCGAGUGUUGUCUUCAUGGCUGAUAUACAUAAUAUGAAUCAAUCUGCUAUCUCGGGUCAAUAGACAGUAUUUACAGUAUUUCCUUUUCUAAUGGACACAUUUUGGCUCAUCAGCACCCCCAGAGGCAAAACUUCUGUAUCUUUAACGGAGUAUUCAUUAGGUAAUAAAGGUAAUAAAAGUAACGUUUUUGUCUUGCAGUAGGCUACAAUAUUGUUCAAAGGGAAAUCAACUCAAAUCUAACAGAGCCAUGUUAGUUGUAAUGUAGGCCGGCAGCUUGGAGAGCUUGUUCUUUUCUAUGACUUCUAUUUUGGAAAAGGUACAUGCGGAACGAAAAUUGAGUCCAGUCUUGGGUACCGGAAGUUUUGGGGAAGUAGAUCGAUGUUACUUCGCUCGUUGGGGAGCAGUCAAAUAAUUUUGUUCUCAAAUUAUUCUGCGCUUUUACAUACGUAUAUUUAUAGCCAUGGAUGCAUGUGGACUAUCUAAAGACGUCAAUGAUCCAGUUCUCAGUCUUUCUUCUCUGCACCUCCUGGUUCCACCCUUGCGGCUCCUGUCUGCUGCCAUGUGGCAGGUGGCUCAGCAAAGAGAUGUGAGGCACUAUGAGAAGUUGGAGGAGUUUGUGACUCUGGUGACAGAGGCCAUUCCAGAGCUGCUGAGCCACAGACAUAGAGCUCAGCUCAUUCUAGGUCUGAGAGCACGGUUGGUUCUGGAGCUGUGCCGAGGCCCUGCCGACCCUCAAACCAUCCAACCUUACCUGGACAGCAUGCCCACUGUUACUCCAGGAUGCACAGGAUACAGAGACGCAGAGGUGGAAGCAUCUGAAUCAAAUUUUGUGGUGCUUGUCCAAUCACUGCUGAAGGACCCAAUCGAGAGGGAGUGCUUCUUUCAGGAGGUGUUCCCGGAACAAUAUGGCCGACAUUAUGACACAGCGGUGCAGACGUUAACAUGGGAGUUCCUCUCCAGACUGGAACAACUGUUUCCAGUACCAGAUCUCAAGCAGACCGCGACAUGGCUCAGCUCUGCCCCUUCAGUCCUGGAGGAGUGUAUGCAGUCUACCCCAGAGAAUCUGAACCUCAUUCUCCAGCACCAUAAGAGUUUUGGACAUUUAAAAGAACCUUCUGCUCUCUCCUCCUCCAUGGGCGACAGCAUCCUCUCCUCUCUGUCCACCCCUAAAAUGGUGGUCACCACUGAGCCGACCACUUUUGUCAUCCGGUCAGAGUCGUCACAUAACUCGGCAGACGUGCUGGGCCACAUGUCUUUAGAGGACACUGAUGCGGUAGUAGUAACAGUUUACACUGAAGUGGAGGUUGGAACAGAGGUGGAAGAAGAGAUUGUAGAGACGAUGAACGAGGAAUACGUACCGUCAAACGCCUCUCCACUGCGGGAGGAGGUGGUUGAACUUAAAGCUGAGGAUAUGAAUCUGGAGAUGACAGUCGUUGAAGAAUAUGGCUACGUGGGGGAGGAGAUGAGUGCAGCCGAGGAAGAGAUGGACACAGUGAGUGUUCCGGUGGAGCAAGCAGAUGAAGCUGUUAAUAUCAGUGAAGACAUUGGAACUGGGACAGAGACUGAAGCAGUCAAAAAAGAUGUCCAAGAUGAGGUGGUGGCAGAUCAGGACGGCCAAUCAGAGACUGUGAUUGUAUGUGUGAACCAGGAAGGGAAGGACACGUCCCAAGUGGUCAACUUUCAAACCCAACAACCUGUGACGUCAAAUGUGAGGCGGUCUACACGGCUGCAGUCGAAGACGCCAAGAACUUGGAGGAGGAAAAAGAACACUGAGAACAAGAACAACGGUGAGGCCUCAAGCAUGGUUUAUGUCAACUCACCCAGGGGAAGAGAAGCCGGUGGAUCUGACAAGGUGACCCCCUUUACCUGCCCUAUGUGUGCCUACCACAGUCUGGAGGAAAAGAGCCUUCACCUCCACAUGCAAAGCAUUCACACAGAGGAGUACAACAAGCCCAAUGUGUCUUGGAAAAACAGAGCAGCGGUUUCACCAUGUCCUGACAACACUGGCCAGAUAUUCACAUCAAUCAAACCUCUCCUUUCUUCAAAAACUUUAAUAACUGAAAACUCUGAGAAUCAAACCGGUAAUGCUGGGAUUCCCACGAAAGCAAAAGGCUACCAUAAGUCCCACACAUGUGCCACGUGCGGUAGGCUCUUCACUCGCUCCUCCGAUGUGAGGAGACACCAGCUCACCCACACGGGUGAGACCUUUCCACUGCUCUCAAUGCGACAGGACCUUCCAGCAUUCGUGGGACCUGACCAAGCAUGAG